GCGCGAGACUUGUGUGGAUGUAUACGGUAUUCGGUUUCGGCAGUCAUAAUUUUCUCAUUGGCGGUGUUAGUCAUUUUGGCGUAUGUAUCAAACCGAAAUAACUAUCGAAAGAACUGUCUUGAUACCAUAAACCAGAUAGAUUUCUCUUAAGAAACAUAGAAAUUUACAUAGUGUUUGUACUCAUCUAAAUUUUUUCGGCAAAAUCAGUUCGGUUAACGAUCGGAAUUAGCCUGUGUAGAGUUAUCAACUUACAAAAAAGUGUAACAUUGUGCAAAAAAAAUCAACAACGAUAACCCCGCAAACCACAGCAUUAACGACAAAUAUCAAGUGCACUUCAGUUCUAUCCUCAGAGUGUAAGUGUGUGUGCACAAAUUUCGUUUGGUUCUGACGCGAAAAAAAAAUCCAGAAGAAAGUACAAAGGUGUUGAAUACAAUAAGCAAGUGUAUUACGGAAUAAAAGCAACAAAAGGGCAAUAAUGGCGGUAAACGUGUAUUCAACAAAUGUUACAUCAGACAAUUUAUCGCGGCAUGACAUGCUGUUGUGGGUAAAUGACUGUCUCAAUGCACAGUUUGGAAAAAUCGAAGAGCUUUGCACAGGAUCUGCCUAUUGUCAAUACAUGGAUAUGCUGUUUCCUGGGUCGGUACCAAUGAAACGUGUCAAAUUCCGUACCAAUUUGGAACAUGAAUACAUUCAGAAUUUCAAGAUUUUGCAAGGUGCAUUCAAAAAAAUGAACGUUGAUAAGAUAAUUCCUGUGGAUAAAUUGAUAAAAGGCCGUUUCCAAGAUAAUUUCGAAUUUUUGCAAUGGUUUAAAAAGUUUUUCGAUGCAAAUUACGAUGGUCGAGAAUAUGAUCCACUAGAGGCGCGUUUUGGCAUACCAUUGGGUAUUGGAGCCAUACACAAUGAGCUCGGAACUGGUAACAUAUGCCCAGAAAUGACUCAAAAGCGUCAAAUACCACGUCAAACACCAAGACGCCCCGGUGCAACCAGAGGAAUAGCAAAGGCAACUCCAAGAACGGUAACACCACCAACGGCCCGAGUACCACCAACUGCUGCAUCAAAACCGGGCGUCAACAAGGGUUCGACAGAAAAUAAUAGCCACAACAACUCCGCAUUAAAUGCCCAAGUCGAUGACUUGUCGAAUCAGAUUGCCGAUUUGAAGUUGAAUUUGGAAGGACUUGAAAAGGAACGUGAUUUCUACUUCAGUAAAUUAAGAGACAUUGAAAUUUUGUGUCAAGAGGAUGAUGAAGAACCUUCUCCAUUAGUUCAAAAAAUUCUAGAUAUUCUCUAUGCAACAGAGGAUGGCUUCGCUCCACCCGAUGAGUGCCCUCCUGAAGAUGAAGAAUAUUAGAUAAAAUCGCAGCCUAAAUAAGAAAGCAACAAAAAAAAAACAACAACAACAACAACAAACACACCCCCAGUUUGAUUACUUUGUCCUUAUUGAUUUGCAGUACAUUGAAAGUUCAUACGCAAAUUGUGAACUGCAUAAGCUAUAACAUUCAUUUAGCCAUUGUUGCCUUCCAAAAUGGAACUUUGAGUGAAUGGACAUCAUUUUUCUUUUAAUAAUUAUUUAAAUAAUCAAACUGAAGUGCACUAAAUCUAAAGUUCUCAUUUCGUUUUUCCUCUUGUUAUGAUCAAAUCGUUGAAAGAGAGACCUUAAAAUCAAUCACACAUACACCUUUAUCGAAAGUGAUUAAGAUAAUGAAUUGUAAACGAAAUAACGAAAGAAAUUUUAGAAUCAAAUAUCUUGUGUAAAAUCUAAUUAACAAUAAAAAAAAGAACCACAAAAUAAUAACUAAUCAAUCAGCCAUAAACGAAAUUGAAAACAAGAAAAAAAUCAAAACAACACUUCUCCAUACUUUUAUUAUUCUUAAAGAUUUUCCUCUUUUUUGUAUUUAUGUAUUAGUUUUGGUAUGUGAAAAAAUAAAAAAAAAAUGUUUACUAAACUUCAAAAUAAAUUAAAAGGCGAAUAAACCGAAGACCGAAAAGCUAUUUGAAGGAAUUUCGAUUGUUAUUUUAAGAAUUCACGGUCCUAAAUACAAAUAAAAAACCAUUAAUUGCUGCAACGAACAAAGCGAAGAGCAUUCAUGAAAAUCAUUAUUCAUUCAGGUGCUCAAUCCUUAAUCACUUUUUAAAAUAAUUCAAUACUCAACCAUAUCUUCUUGGAAUUAUGUCUUUUUUUCGCCAGUUGACAGUGAUGUGAGAUUGUGUGUAAAAAAAUAAGUUUAAUAAAUAGAAUGACAGUUGUUUUAGAGAACGUAAAAUGUUA